GAAGUUUUUUAACUGAUGAAACAUCUUCAUCUUCUCCUCCUCCUCCUCGCCAGAGCGUGUGCGCGCCGCGCGGCUGCUCGGCCGCGUGCGCGCAUCGACGUGCGCGUGCUGGUGAAGCGGUGGAAGGCUGCGUGUUGUUUCUCUGCGGACUCCAAGGAUGUCGCGGUGUCCCGCCGCACCUCCCGCUGGCAGGCGAGCGCCAUGACGCACUGAAGGCGAGCUCGCGCCGUCAGAGUUGUCAGCCUGGGCCAUGGCUGACCCCGCCCACUCCGACCUCAUCGCCAGGCACUACAACUACACGGGAAAGUUCCGCAAGUCGGACGGGGGCUCGGGCCUGAAGGCCGACUCGGUGGUCUUCAUCGUGGUCUGCUGCCUGAUCGUGCUGGAGAACCUCCUGGUCCUGGCCACCAUCUGGAGGACCAAGAAGUUCCACAAGCCCAUGUUCUACUUCAUCGGGAACCUGGCGCUGUCCGACCUGCUGGCGGGCGUGGUCUACACGGCCAACAUCCUGCUGUCGGGCGCCAACACCUACAAGCUGACGCCCACGCAGUGGUUCCUGCGCGAGGGCUCCAUGUUCGUGGCGCUGGCGGCGUCCGUCUUCAGCCUGCUGGCCAUCGCCGUGGAGCGCCACCUGACCAUGCUGAAGAUGAAGCUGCACAACAGCGGCAGCGCCAGCCGCGUCUUCCCGCUCAUCAGCGCCGUGUGGAUGGUGGCGGCGCUCCUGGGCGGCCUGCCGCUGAUGGGCUGGAACUGCAUCGGCCAGCUGGGCCACUGCUCCACCGUGCUGCCGCUCUACCACAAGACCUACAUCCUCUUCUGCACCACCGUCUUCAGCGUCAUCCUCAUGGCCAUCGUGGCGCUCUACGCCCGCAUCUACGCGCUGGUGCGCGCCCGCAGCCGCCAGCUGGUCUUCCGCAAGGCGCCCAACGGCGGCAGGAGCUCGGAGAAGUCCAUGGCGCUGCUGCGGACCGUCAUGGUGGUGCUGAGCUGCUUCAUCGCCUGCUGGGCGCCGCUCUUCGUCCUGCUGCUGCUGGACGCCGCCUGCCACACACUCCACUGCUCCAUCCUCUACAAGGCCGAGUGGUUCCUGGCGCUCGCCGUCCUCAACUCUGCCACCAACCCGCUCAUCUACACGCUGACCAGCAACGAGAUGCGCCGCGCCUUCCUGGAGACGCUGCUCUGCGGCUCCGCCCGCAUCCGCGCCGCCGCCAGCUACGUCGGGGCGGAGUUCAGCCGCAGCAAGUCGGAUAACUCCUCCCACCCCAACAAGGAGGAGGUGGAGUACACCCGGAGGGGGACGAGGGCGGCCGAGGUCGCCUCUUCCUCAUCCUAGAAGUCGCACCCCACCCGGCCCUCUCCCCCUGACACUUGUAUGAACACCUCACGUGCAAACGUCCCCGAGGAAAACCUUGGUCAUGUGACCCCAGCAGGUGAGUCCACAGACCCCCACCGCCUUUUUGGACGUACAGUGGGGCAAAAAAGUAUUUAGUCAGCCACCGAUUGUGCAAGUUCUCCCACUUAAAAUGAUGACAGAGGUCUGUAAUUUUCAUCAUAGGUACUCUUCAACUGUGAGAGACAGAAUGUGAAAAAAAAUCCAGGAAUUCACAUUGUAGGAAUUUUAAAGAAUUUAUUUGUAAAUUAUGCUGGAAAAUAAGUAUUUGGUCAACCAUUCAAAGCUCUCACUGAUGGAAGGAGGGUUUGGCUCAAAAUCUCACGAUACAUGGCCCCAUUCAUUCUUUCCUUAACACGGAUCAAUCGUCCUGUCCCCUUAGCAGAAAAACAGCCCCAAAGCAUGAUGUUUCCACCCCCAUGCUUCACAGUAGGUGUGGUGUUCUUGGGAUGAUACUCAGUAUUCUUCUUCCUCCAAACAAGACGAGUUGAGUUUAUACCAAAAUGGAUACAUGGAUGAUACAGCAGAGGAUUGGGAGAAUGUCAUGUGGUCAGAUGAAACCAAAAUAGAACUUUUUGGUAUAAACUCAACUCUCAAGCUCAAUACGCGCUCAUACUUCCUUAAAACCCGUGACGUCUUGCGUACACGUCAUCAUUACACGACGUUUUCAAGACGAAACUCCCGGGAAAUUUAAAAUUGCAAUUUAGUAAACUAAAAAGGCCAUACUGGCAUGUGUUGCAAUGUUAAUAUUUCAUCAUUGAUAUAUAAACUAUCAGACUGUGUGGUGGGUAGUAGUGGCUUUCAGUAGGCCUUUAAUAGAUUCUAUGGCCAUACUCUUUGUGAUUAGUCAAAAGCCACUCUUGUAGCAACAGGGCGCCAUGUUUGCUACCAACUCUGAAACCGAGAUGUCCAUACUCUCUAUACACGACUCUGCUGUAGUCCAAAGCCGUUUAUAGAGAGAGUAUGGCCAAAUAAUGUCAAAAUUGGUAGAAAACAUGGCGCCCUGUUGUCACUUAAAGGGACUUUUGAACAAUCGUUUUCAAAGUUGGUAGCAAACAUGGUGUCCUGUCAUCACGUGAGGGGCUUUUGACCAAAAUUGGUAGAAAACCCCCAUGCUUCACAGUAGGUGUGGUGUUCUUGGGAUGCAACUCAGUAUUCUUCUUCCUCCAAACACGACAAGUUGAGUUUAUACCAAAAUGGAUACAUGGAUGAUACAGCAGAGGAUUGGGAGAAUGUCAUGUGGUCAGAUGGAACCAAAAUACAACUUUUUGGUAUAAACUCAACUCGUCGUGUUUGGAGGAAGAAGAAUACUGAGUUGCAUCCCAAGAACACCAUACCUACUGUGAAGCAUGGGGGUGGAAACAUCAUGCUUUGGGGCUGUUUUUCUGCUAAGGGGACAGGACGAUUGAUCCGUGUUAAGGAAAGAAUGAAUGGGGCCAUGUAUCGUGAGAUUUUGAGCCAAAACCUCCUUCCAUCAGUGAGAGCUUUGAAUGGUUGACCAAAUACUUAUUUUCCACCAUAAUUUACAAAUAAAUUCUUUAAUGUGAACUCCUUGAUUUUUUUUUUUCACAUUCUGUCUCUCACAGUUGAAGUGUACCUAUGAUGAAAAUUACAGACCUCUGUCAUCAUUUUAAGUGGGAGAACUUGCACAAUCUGUGGCUGACUAAAUACUUUUAUGCCCCACAGUAACUCUCCGUGUUUACGCCUCGCUGAAAAAAAAAACCCCAGCGUCGUACCGUCCUCGCCAAUCGACUAUUUUUCCGUUUUUUCAUUCCUGGUCUCUGUGUCAGUUCUGAAGUCACCCGGGAUUUGUACAGCGCCCAACUUUCCUACUUCCUGUCCGUAGUGAUGGCGUUUGCAUGUCGCCAUGGUAACCAUCAUUAAAUUGUCUGUGUUUAACCUUCCUAGCGUUUAAUAAAGACACAAUACGUAGAAGUCGGCCUGAGAAGCUUUUUUUUUUUUCCCCUUCCCCCCGGCCUCGCCCCUCCUUCGCACGUCACCCGGGUCCUUCCGGCACCUCAAAACUGUCUUUUUUUUAAUCAAAACUUCAUCAUUCUCUUCAUGGUCUCGAUUACUGAAUAACUUUUAUAGAUACCGACCCAAGUCCGUCUGU